ACUUUUGUUAACUUUCCGUGGUCAAACAGAUCACGAGGAGCUUCUAGCUUUGACGAGUCGUAACAGGCUAUGUAAUGGCCAAGCUUUUGCUUAUAGGAACACAGUUCAGAGGGUAGAGAGUAAAGAAUAGAAAAUGGGGAGCAGAGGAAGCGUGAGGUGUCGUGACAUGGCCCACAAGUUGGUUCGUUGGGGGCGUGGGAUAGGCAGUAGCAGUGGCGAAAAGAAAAAGAGAUGGGCAGCCCUGUGGGGCAACGGUGACUAUGGGCGAUUGGGGUUGGGGUCGCUCCAGUCGCGAUGGGAGCCCACACUGAGCCUCUGCUCUUCCCCUUCCUCCAUUGCCUGUGGCGGUGCGCAUACCCUCCUCCUCACUGAACAAGGGCGUGUCCUUGCAACUGGCCUGAAUGAUUAUGGGCAACUAGGAGUACCUUUUGGAACAAGAUAUACUCAGGAGCCUGUUGAAGUUGCUGGUCUUCCAGAUGAUAUCUGCCAGAUUUUUGCUGGAUAUUACCAUUCUGCUGCAAUUUCAGAGAAAGGUGUUGUUUAUGCAUGGGGAAACAAUUUCAGUGGUCAGCUUGGUUUGGGAAAAGAUGCACCCAAAAAAGUUUGUAUUGCAAAUGAAGUCAAGCCUUUAAAUGGUUUGCGAAUCAAAAUGAUUGCUUUGGGCUCUGAGCACUCACUAGCUCUCACAGAGGAUGGUGAGGUCCUUAGCUGGGGCUUGGGAGAAAAUGGAAGACUCGGUCACGGUUAUGAAUCGAGCAUGUUCAGAUUCCUUGGAGUUUUAAGCGAGUACACUCCAAAGCUGAUUAAAUCUCUGGAGAUGUUUAAGAUUUGCAGGAUUGCUGCUGGAUUUACACAUUCUGCAUGUAUUGAUGUAAAUGGCAGUGUUUUUGCAUUUGGUCAAGGAAGAAUGUACCAACUGGGUUUGGGGCAUACAAAGGAUUCCUCUGUACCAUCUCAUGUAAAAGACCUGCCAUUUGCACAUAAAGUUGCAUGCGGAGGCUAUCAUACAUGUGUUGUAACAACCAAUGGAGAUGUGUACACGUGGGGUUCAAAUGAAAAUGGUUGCCUUGGUCUUGGGUCUCAUAACUUAGCUCCUUCACCAGAGAGAGUCCAAGGUAGCUUGUUACCUUUACAUGUUUCAGAGAUUUCAUGUGGCUGGAAGCAUACAGCAGUUAUAUCAGGUGGCAAUGUUUUCGUAUGGGGAUGGGGAGGUUCUCAAGGAACAUUUUCAGAUGAUGGUUUGUCAUCAGGAGGACAGUUGGGCCUUGGUAAUGAGCUUGAUUAUCAUGAACCAACAAAAAUUGGUUUUGGUGAAGAUGUUAAUGUAUUACAAAUUUCUUGCAGAUUCAAUCAUACAGGAGCAAUAAUUGAAGAAAAAUGAUUGAUGGCUAUUAUUUUUAGGAAAUGUGCUUUCGAUGUAUUGCUAUAGGAAAGAUAAUAUCUAUUGAAAUUAUAUUACUUAUUUAUAUGUAAAAGUGGAUAUUGUAGCAUAGUGUUACAAACUUAUAAAUACCUAAAUUAAUAAGAUUGAUAUAAAAUAUUAUAUUA